GCAUCCCCUUGACCUGAUGAAACUGGAAAAAUCCCAUAUUCUCGUCGAUAUUUUCUCUAGUCGCGUCACUUUUCGCGAAAUAAUCGAAGCUCUAUAGAAACUGUGGCGUUUUUUCAGGCAAAAGUCUUUUUUUAAACAUGUUCGACCCCGAAAUUUACUGAAAAUGCGAUUCGGACAGUUUUAGUUUCAGUGGAAGUUCGGUUAGAAUCGUUUUCUGACUCUCCAGUAUUCCAGAUAUAUCUAUCUAAUGUAUUUUUAGUUGAAAAUCUAACACACGCGUACCAUAUUAACACAUUUCGAGUGCUUUUAAUAUACAUAUACAUGUUAAAAUGAUUUUUUCUUAUUGUUUGUGACCUUGGCUCUUUUUUUUUAAUAUACGGAACGAUUUACUGUUAUCAAAGUUAUAGUUUAUUACUGAAAAUAUGCCGUUGUUUAAAAAGAAAGCAGAAAGAAGAAAGUCUCUUUCAAGGAAAGAGAUUUCCUUGGCGAGAUUGGAAAAUUUCAGGAAGGAAGUAAUUACCGACCAUCAUACUAUUCAACUAAACGAUCUCUGCCGAAAACUUCAAACUGACAAAGAGAAUGGACUGACUCCAGAACAAGCAGCGCAUGUUCUGCAAAAAACGGGACCAAAUCAACUCACGCCUUCGCAUAAAGUGCCUGAAUACAUUAAAUUUAUUAAAACACUAACACAAGGUUUCUCACUAUUGCUAUGGAUAGGCGCCAUAUUAUGCUUCACAGCUUGCCUCAUAAGAAAAGUUACUACUCAAGAAACAGAUACUGAUAAUCUUAUUUUAGGAUGUGUCUUAGUCGUAGUCGUUGUUGUUACUGGAUGUUUUAUGUUUUUUCAAGAACACAAAAGUCAAAAGAUUAUGGAAUCUUUCGCAAACAUGGUGCCACCAAAAGCAACAGUCAUACGAGGGGGAGAAACUAUGACAGUUGUUUCCAAAGAUAUAGUGAUAGGUGAUUUAGUAGAAAUGAAAUUUGGAGAUAGAAUACCUGCUGAUAUUAGAAUAAUUCAUAGUCAAGGAUUCAAGGUUGAUAAUUCUGCGUUAACCGGGGAAUCAGAACCUCAAUACCGAGGAACAGAAUGUUCAAGUGACAAUAUCUUGGAGACGAAAAAUUUUGCAUUUUUCUCAACUAAUGCUGUAGAAGGAACUGCAAGAGGAAUAGUUUGUGAAACUGGUGACCGCACUGUAAUGGGAAGAAUAGCAGGUCUAACCGCCCGUCUUCAACCAAACAAAACGCCAAUAGCUAGAGAAUUAGAGCAUUUUAUGAAGAUCAUCAGUGUUUGGGCCUGCUUCCUUGGUUUCAUUUUUGGCUCAGCCGCAUUAGCUAUGAAUUAUUCUUGGAUUGAAGCAUCUCUAUUUCUAAUAGGAAUAAUCGUUGCUAAUGUACCUGAAGGUCUUUUGGCUACCGUAACUGUUUGUCUUUCGGUAACAGCGAAAAGAAUGGCGGCUAAAAAUUGCCUAGUGAAGAAUUUAGAAGCUGUCGAAACGUUGGGUUCAACUUCAGUCAUAUGUUCUGAUAAAACGGGUACACUUACGCAAAACAAAAUGACAGUUUGUCACUUUUGGUGUUACAAUCAAAUAAUGGACGCUGAUUCAACCACUCAACAAAAUAAUGCGAAAGAUUACAACAAAUCACAAAGUUUCCAUGCUUUAAUGCGAUGUGCUACUCUCUGCAACAGAGCCGAAUUUAUCCAUGGUGAAGAAAAUAAACCGAUUUUGAACAGAUUGGUUAGGGGUGACGCGUCGGAGGAAGCGAUUUUAAAGUUCGUUGAACUCACACACGUUCAUGGAGACCCAACUACAUUUAGGCACAAUAAUCCAAAAUUGUUGGAAAUCCCUUUUAGCUCGGUUACUAAAUACCAAAUCAGUAUUCACGCAAUGGAAGACGGUAGUUGCCUAAUGGUAAUGAAAGGAGCACCAGAAAGAAUUUUAGCUCGUUGUUCACAAAUGUACACCCAAAACGGUACUGAAGAAAUGACGGAUGAAAUGCGAAUGGCCUGCGAUAAAGCAAUGUCAGAAUUGGCAGAGAAAGGGGAAAGAGUUUUGGGUUUUGCCGAUCUUAUAUUAGAUAGUGCAAUUUAUAAUAAAGAUUACAAAUUUUGCGCAGAACCUGCUAAUUUUCCAAGGAAAGACCUCAGAUUCGUUGGAUUUAUGUCUUUAAUCGAUCCCCCCCGACCCCAAGUUCCAGAUGCUUUAUUAAGAUGUAGGAGCGCUGGUAUUAAAGUCAUUAUGGUAACAGGAGAUCAUCCAAUUACCGCCAAGGCGAUUGCUAAGCAAGUUGGUAUAAUAAAGUCUAACGAUGUCAUAGAUGCCUUCAAUAUUAACGUCAUUGAAACUUUACCACCAAAUAUAAAAAAUAAAGCGAUAGUAAUCCACGGUUCAGCAUUGAGGGACGCUACUAAUCAAGAACUUGAUAAUAUUCUUUAUAAUUUCAAAGAAAUUGUUUUUGCUAGAACGUCUCCCACGCAAAAGCUGCAUAUCGUUGAAGGAUGUCAAAGACUUGGUGAAAUCGUUGCUGUGACUGGUGAUGGUGUUAAUGAUGCCCCGGCUUUAAAAAAGGCUGAUAUUGGUAUCGCAAUGGGAAUUUCAGGAUCUGAAGUAUCACAACAAUCAGCUGAUAUGAUUUUACUUGACGAUAAUUUCGCGUCUAUAAUCACUGGCGUCGAAGAAGGACGUCGAAUAUUCGAUAAUCUCAAAAAAUCAAUCGCUUAUACUUUGGCGUCCAAUGUUCCUGAAAUAUUACCUUUUUUGGGUUUUGUACUUUUCAACAUUCCACUUCCAUUAGGUGUUAUGGCUAUAUUAUGUAUAGAUUUGCUAACAGAUAUGGUACCCGCAAUCAGUUUAGCCUAUGAAAAAGCCGAAAGCGAUAUUAUGAGCCGACCACCAAGGAACCCUAAAAAAGACAAAUUGGUUACGAGGAAAUUAUACUUUUUGGCAUACGGUCACAUCGGUAUGAUAGAAGCCCUCGGUGGGUUUUUCGUUUAUUUUGCUAUAAUGGCUGAAAAUGGAUUUAUGCCAAGAAAGUUAUUUGGUAUCCGUGAAAAAUGGGAUUCCUCAAAUAUAAACGAUUUAAUGGAUUCUUAUGGUCAAGAAUGGACUUACGAGCAUAGAAAAGAAUUGGAAUACACGUGUUACACUGCUUUUAUGAUAUCAGUUGUUGUAACUCAAUGGACUGAUUUAAUAGUAUGCAAAACAAAAGUGAAUUCGAUAUUCACACAAGGACUCGGUAAUAUGGUAUUAAAUGUUAGUUUAAUAGUAGAGACAGUAGUAGCUUGUAUGCUGUCUUAUAUACCGGGAAUGUACUAUUUGAAAUUUUACCCUAUUCUGUUUCGAUGGUGGUGUUAUUCAUUUCCUUUUGCAAUUUUCAUAUUCAUCUUCGACGAAUUCAGAAAAUGGCGUUUACGAAAAAAUCCAGACGGUUGGUACAGACGAGAAACUUAUUAUUAAUUUCUGAUGAAGCUUAGAGCAUUUUUAAAACGUAGUUUUAAAACUUUUUGUAGUCGAAUCUAUCGUAUAUUAUUAAAAAUACAUUUUUUCCAUAUCUGCACAAAUAGAUAUAUCAAACGUAUAUUGAAAAGAUGAAAUAUUUGAUCAUUACUAAUAUCAUUUUUUAUGUUAAAUUAUUAUGGAGCUCAUCUAGGAAAAAAUAUGAUUAUAUGAAAGACAAAAUACUCAUUUCAUCCAUACAUAUUCAUUAAUCGUUAGAGGAUAAUUAUAAUGGUUCUUAUCUAAAUGUUAUCAUCUUAUUAAAUAUCAUAACUUUAACAAAUACUAGUAGAAAGUCAGUUUUGAGUCACAGCAAUGUUGGUAUUACAAAAAAUAUAUUUUUUCAAUAAAUAAUACAGAGUUUGCAUGCUGUAGCUAUGUAGACGUUUCAUAGUGUUCUUUUUAUUUCAUUAAAAUGUGGUUACAGUGUAUUUAAUAAUAAAAAUCAUAAGUAUA